AUGAAUAUAUGGGAGCGGCCUCGCCGGCGGACGGCGGUAGGGCACGACGCGGCCGGGGGCGUGGGCGAGGCAGUGCCAGCGGAAGGGGUACCGGGAAUCGGGGUAGAGGCCAAGGGGAAGGGGAAGGCGGUGCUUGCGGAGGGGGCGCCGCCGGCAGUCGCCGUCGAAGGGGAUGAAGCGGAGGAGGGGAAGAAGCGGCUGGGGCAAUACUCCUCCACGCAGAGCAUACUGCUCGUCGGCGACGGCAACUUCUCCUUUUCGCUGGCGCUGGCCACCGCAUUCGGCUCCGGCGCCAACCUCGUCGCCACGUCGCUCGACACCUACGAGGCUGUGAGGAAGAAGUACUCCAGAACAGAGUAUAAUAUAAUGAAUCUGAAAAGAUUGGGGGCCACAGUUUUGCAUGGCAUUGACGUGAAAACAAUGAAGUUCCACACUGACCUGAAAAAUAGACGGUUUGAUCGUAUUAUCUAUAACUUCCCUCAUGCUGGCUUCAAAGGAAAAGAGUAUAAGGCGCAUAUGAUCAACUUGCACAAGAAGCUGGUGAAGGGAUAUUUCCACAAUGCACGACACCUGCUUCGGCCUUGUGGUGAAAUCCAUGUUAGUCACAAGACAGGAGAAUCAUACGACAAAUGGGAUCUUGAGCACAUUGCCGCUAAGUUUUCUCUUAUUUUUGUUGAGAAAGUUAGUUUCCAGAAAGCAGACUAUCCCGGUUAUAACCAAAAGAAAGGAGAUGGUCCAACAUGUGACAAAUCUUUCCCACUAGGUACCUGUUUCACAUUCAAGUUCAAAAUUCAAGAUUUGAAGAAGUGGAAGAAACAGAAUCGGAGGACUGGAUCGGUCUUAUCCAUUGGAGGCAGCACAAGGCCAUCUCUUCCAGUUCCACUUGUUCAGGCAUUGCAUUGGCUAGAUGUUCCUCAACCAGCUAACACAGUUCUCCUGCCCCCUGUCUGUCCAGUGCUCAGCAUGCCAGGGCCAUCACUGAAUGCUUUGGGUGCUCCAGUUGGUAUUCCUCCACUGCUGGGUGGAAUCACAAGCACCACUCUCCUCACUCCUCAGUGGCACCCACAGUAUGUUGCUGAACUGCUGGGAAGAACAACUGACCACUUCUUUGCUCAGGAACACCAAGGGAGUCUGUGGAGAGAGUAUGCGAUGUUGAGGCAAGUCAUGCCUGGAGCAACCAGAUUGAACUAUUCUGCCUUCUUGGAAAAUCGUUACAGGGAGUCUGUUCAGAGGCAGGAGUGGUUGCGCUGGAUGAUCAUCGCAUACAGUUGUCAGUGAAGGACCUUCAGCGAAGGCUCGUCAUUGGUCUUUUGGAGAUCUGUGUGUAUCUGUGAAGAGGAUUGCUCGAGUAGAGGAACUUGUCCUCCCCGGAUAUGCUAUGUUAGACAUGACCACAAGUGUUUUGUGUAUAGGUAGGGCUAUUUUGUGUGGCGAACACUGGCCACGGCAGCAAAGCAGCGAAAGGAACGCUGGUUCCAGUGUCUGGAUGAAGAUGUAACCCUGGGUAGCUAAGUCUGUUUUUGCUGUGGGGACUGCCCUUAGGGACGCAGAUUGACUGUAGCGACCUCA